AUGAAUUUCUUAAACAAAAUAUUUGCAAGUGCACACAAUAGAGGCUCUUUCUAAAUUGAGGAUGUCUCCGGUUCCGAGGAUGAUUAGGAUGAAAUCCCAGAACACCUAGAGAUCCCUUAAUUCAAGAAAUAAAGUAUCCAACAAUUGUCGAGUUACAAUUCACGGAAAAAACCAUAACCUAAAAUAGGUUAGGCCGAUUUCUUGGCUAGAUACGAUGAAAAUUUUGAUGAUGUAUUUGGAGACAGACCUGCACCCAUGGAUUUCCCUAAGAGUAGGAAAAGGAGGCAAGAAGAGGAGGAAGAGGAUGAAAAUGACAACGAAAGGAAAUCAUCCAAGAAGAAGACUUAAAGUAGGGAAAGGAAAUAAUAAUAAUCAAAGGAGUAAAAAGAAUAAUCAAAAGAAUUAAAAGAAUAAUAAAAAGAUAAUAAAAAAACAACAAAGGAAUUUAGAGAGACGAUUGAUUACAAGGAAUUUAAUGACACGAAGGAAUAUAAGGAAUUUAAGGACUCCUUUGAAUUUAAAGAACCUCUUGAACCAAAAAUAUUAAAAGAACCAAAAAUAAGAUUACCAAAAUUUCCAAAACAAAGAAAAAGGAUUGCUAAUAAUCAUCUUUCAACUUUAAGAUCGAAUUCCGAUGGACGAGACAGUGUAAGUAUUAAGGACAGAGAAUCUGUUUAACAAAAUAACAAGUAUAAUCCUAAUGAAAUAGCAUUACCUUAAACAGCAUUACCAAAAUCUGAAAAGAAACAAGACAAAUAGAAAACAAUGUUCUUUACAUUUGGGAUGAAUGAUGACGAUAGUGAAAAGGAAAUAAAAAAUAGAAUCAAUCAUCUAUUUUACGAUCAAAAGGAAAAGAAAGAUCAAAAUGAAUAACAUCCUAAUGGUAACAAUAAUAAUAAUAAUAAUAAUAAUCAUUCAAAAGAAAAGAAAGAACCAGAGAAGAAAUAGAAAAAUGAAGAAAAGAAAUAGAAGAAUGACGAAAAGAAAUAGAAGAAUGAGGAAAAGAAAGAUAAAAAUGAAAAGAAAUAAAGAAAAGAGAAAAAAGAGAAAGAAAAAAAAACAAUUAAUCACUUGAAUGUAUUUGAUGAGAUAAAGAACACUUAAAAGAAUGUCAAUAGUAAAUAAAACAGUGAAUAAAGAGAAACUAGAAAAAUGAACAGUGAAUAAAGAGAGAAGAAAAGAGAUAAGAAGAGAGAAUCGAAGUCAGCUGGUAAGAAGAAUUAAAAGGGAAACUCGAAAUCUCCAUCUCCUGAGUUGAAACUUAUACAAUAUGAAACUCAGAAGAGAGUAAAAAGAAGCCAAAAAAGAGUUAUUGAGGAUUUGGAAAUGCUAAAUGUAGAUGAAUUAUCAUUAAAUCCCAAUAUUGUAGAAUGCAAACCCAAUUUAUAUCUAGAUUACACACCUGUAUAUGAUUGA